GGAAUCAUAAAGGAUUCUUCGUAAGAUAUCCAUUCCGUUUCCAUACACAACAGCUGAAAAUAUUGUUUUGCUCUCAAUUUUCGCCCUAAAAAUAUUAGUUUUGCCACAAAAAUGAAUCCCAAAACAGGUGGAGAUGAGAAUCCAUCUGUGGAAGAACGUGCAGGAGUUGUUCGUGAAGUGGGAUCAAAUGCCGUUUGGAGUCUUUCCUCAUGCAAACCCGGAUUUGGCGUUGAGCAGCUGCGUGAUAACUGCAUGGAUACGUACUGGCAAUCAGAUGGAACCCUCCCGCAUCUCGUCAAUAUCCAAUUUCAGCGGAAGACCACGGUGAAUCAGAUUUAUAUCUACACAGACUACAAGCUUGAUGAGAGCUACACCCCCAGUCGUAUCUCCAUCCGAUCCGGGACGCAUUUCAAUGAUCUCCAAGAAGUGGAGGUGAUAGAUCUAUGCGAACCUACAGGUUGGGUCGUUAUUCCCAUCCGGGAUAUCCGAGACAAGGCCAUUCGUACCUUUAUGAUCCAAAUUGCUGUCAUUUCGAACCAUCAGAAUGGCAGGGAUACACACAUGCGGCAGAUUCGGAUUCACUCACCCAUCGAGGGUCGAAAUUGUCCAAUAGAGAAUUAUGGGAAUUUCAGUUCGGUUCAAUUUUUGCAAUACAGCACAAUACGAUAACGGAAAGCCGCGGAAACCUGUCCUCAACUACUGCUGAAGAUCACACUGCCGCCACCUCUUCAAAUCUUCCUGCAAAUUCCCCCGGUUAUUCGUGAAUCCACCAUGUGGUCGUGUAGAGUGAUCUUUUUGAAUGUUCUUCUUUUGCUGAUCAAUUCAGUGGCAUCCAGUGGGAAUUAUAAUGAAUUGGAAAGAAAUUUUAUAGAUAAUCUAGAAGAGAGUUUUGCAGAGAAAUGGAAUUCCUUUGAAAAGGAAGAAAUUCAGGAUAAAAUUGAUAAUUUAAUUGGAAACUUUGUGAACUUGGGAGAGCAUGAGCAGCAUAGGAGAUUUCGCCGGGAUACCCAAUAUAGUGCUUCAGGUAAAACAUUUUAGCAGAAUUUACUCUUAAAAGUUCUUAAAAUUGCAAAUUUCUCAUUAUAAAUUAUUAAAUUCUUCAAUUUCUUUGAACUUUUCAUUGUUAAAAUCAACGUGGUUAUCAAAAGAAUUAAAUUUAUUGCGGAUAACGGCAAAAUGCUGCGAAGAUCAGUCAAAGAUCAUUCGUAAAAUAUAUUUUUUCUUUACAAUUUUUUUUUAAUCAAUAAUGUACAUAAAAUUAAUAUAAAAACAAUUUUAAUCAAAACCAAA